GGCUGAUCGACUCUUUCUUAAAAUAACUGAACUAUCCGGACCAAGACCGUUUUUUCAUUUGCCUCAUCUCCGAUAUUCAGUAACCGUUAUCCCGAAGACACAACUACCUAGGUACCUAGGUGGAAAAUCUACAGCAUGGAUAAACGCCAACUAGAAAAAGAUUACUCGCCACCCAAAAAUGUCAUUAUCAUCGGCGGGUCCCUCUCCGGACUCAUGCACGGCAUCAUGCUCCACCGUCUCGGAAGCACAGUCCGAAUCUUGGAACAGUCACUCACCCAUACACCUGUCUCUCACAUGGCAGGAGUAUGCUUAGGCAUUGAUGUACAACACCUUCUAAAGCGCUUCGAUCGCACUUCAGACAUCCCCUUGGGUAUUUCGGCUGUGCAACUACAGUCACUCGAUAGACAGGGCAAGAUCCGUCCUUUUCUACGGAUCAAUCGGAUCAUGUCUUCGUGGGAUGCACUUUAUUUCCGGCUAAGGGCCAAUUUCGACAUGCAAGCAAGCCACUAUGUUCCCCAUCCGCCUGCAUUAGAUUUAAGGGCAGAUGAGAAUUCACAUGGCGCCAAUGCAAGAGCAAGGUAUGAAAUUGGAAAGCAAGUCGUAGGGAUAGAGCAGUUUAAGACUGGUCAGCUACUGGUUCGCUAUAAAGAUCAUAUGGACGGCGGCACAGAUGCACAAGCACUGGCAGACCUAGUAAUCGGUGCUGAUGGCCCAAACUCGAUAGUCCGCACGAUCUUUUUAGACCCAGGUCAAACAGACCGGAAAUAUACGGGAUAUGUGGCAUGGCGUGGUGUAGUUCCAGAGGAGCAAGUGAGCGGAGAGACGCGAGAAGUAUUUCGGGCAAAUAUAACCUAUUCGAUAUUAAAGGGUGAAGGCGGCCACGUGAUACUUUAUUAUAUACCAGGAGAAGGCGGUUCCGUCGAGCCUGGCAAGCGCCUCUUGAACUUCUGCUGGUAUACAAACGUUCCUCUUUCCUCCCUAGAUACAAUCAUGACCGAUAUUAAUGGUAGACGGCAUCAAACCAAACUACCGCCCGGACAAGUCCGCCCUGAGGUUUGGGAGACCCAAAAGUCUAUAGCCAAAACACAAUUUGCGCCACCAUAUCUCGAAGUCAUUGAAAAAAUCAGAUCGCCUUUCCUACAUCUGAUCACUGAUUACUGCUCUUCACGCGCCUCCUUUAUGGGAGGCAAAGUCCUGCUAGUUGGAGAUGCAGUCACCUUGCUGCGACCGCACAUUGCUUAUUCUACGAAUCAAGCCGCAUACCAUGCUCUCUUGACCGAAAAACUAGUCACUGGAAAGCUGACGCUGGAGAAAUGGGAGUACCAAGUAACGACCGCUGCAUAUCUGCAGUGGAGGCGAAGCGCGUGGUUCGGAGAAUAUUUCCAGCGACCCCUUUAUAUUUCCAUUGGAACCGCUAUGCUCUUCUGGGCUACAUCUGCGUUGGCAAAGCUGAGGAUUUGGAUGGGGUGGUUGCCACCGCAGGCAAUUUAGGUAUCAGGCAAGGAGAAUGAAGUGUCAUUCCUAUAAUUGGCUAUAUAUUCAAUAUUUACCUAAAAGAGGAAAAAUAGACAGCUUUGAGUUGAAGAGAGUCGUCGAAGGGUUUAACACGAUGUUUUCAAAGGUAUGGAGACACUAAGGGGGCAGAUAGGAAGGGAGAAUAUAGGUACC